ACUCUCCAUGCUCCUGCCGGAAUGGAAAUGCUGGCCGCAGCAUCCAAUCGAUUUCCUCCCAAACACGCCUUCCGUUGGCCGGAGUCGACUCCUCGCACACGCCGCAGGUCCCUGAUUGUUUGCAAGAAAGGUCAAAACGCUACCGCACUCGAGGAGAAGUCCGGCUUCGUGGACUACGACAAGGGGGAGCACAAUGUUUCCACUCGCGUCAGUGGACUCAGAAAGGCCGAUAUUCCCAAACGGCACCGGUUGCGCGUACAAGGUGACCGGUUCCAGAAGGACUGGACUGUCUCCGAUGUUGUCGACCGCAUUCUCGAGCUCAAUCACCGGGAGAACGUCGAUGUGGUCUUGAAUCGGUGGGUUGGCCGUUUCGCUAGAAAGAAUUUUCCAAUUCUUAUCAAGGAGUUGACACAACGAGGUUCUAUUGAACACUGUAUUAAAGUCUUUGAAUGGAUGAAAAAUCAGAAGAAUUACAGCGCAAGAAAUGAUAUUUACAAUAUGAUGAUCAGGCUACAUGCUAGACAUAAUCGGACUGAUCAGGCUCGUGGAUUAUUUUUUGAAAUGCAGAAGUGGAGGUGCAAGCCUGAUGUUGAGACAUACAACGCUCUUAUCAAUGCCCAUGGUCGUUCUGGUCAAUGGCGCUGGGCUAUGAAUAUCAUGGAAGACAUGCUGCAGUCUGCUAUCCCUCCUAGUCGAUCGACCUAUAACAACUUGAUCAAUGCUUGUGGAUCUAGUGGAAAUUGGAGAGAAGCCCUUAAAGUUUGCAAGAAGAUGACAGAAAAUGGUGUUGGGCCUGAUCUAGUGACUCACAACAUUGUAUUAUCUGCAUACAAGACUGGGGCUCAGUAUUCAAAAGCUUUGGCUUAUUUUGAACUAAUGAAGGGGACAAAUAUCCGUCCUGACACAACCACCCUCAAUAUUGUCAUACAUUGCUUGAUCAAGCUUAGACAAUAUGAAAAGGCCAUAGAUAUUUUCAAUUCCAUGCGAGAUAAGAAGGCAGAAUGUUGCCCAGACAUUGUGACCUUCAGUGGCAUCAUUCAUUUGUAUUCUGUCAGUGGGCAGAUUGAAAACUGUGAAGCUGUGUUCAAUUCAAUGCUUGCAGAAGGUCUUAGACCCAAUAUUGUGUCAUAUAACACACUAAUGGCUGCAUAUGCUUCAUAUGGAAUGAGUAAGAAGGCACUUGCAGUUUUUGAUAAGAUAAGACAAAAUGGUUUUCGUCCAGAUGUUGUAUCGUAUACUUCUUUACUGAAUGCUUAUGGGAGAUCACAACAACCCCAAAAGGCGAAACAAGUGUUUGACAUGAUGAAGAGAAACCAAUGUAAACCUAAUCUUGUCAGUUACAAUGCACUGAUUGAUGCAUAUGGAUCUAAUGGGUUUUUAGCUGAAGCUGUAGAAGUAUUGCGUCACAUGGAGCAAGAUGGAAUUGAGCCAAACAUUGUAUCAAUCUGCACCCUCUUAGCAGGUUGUGGCCGCUGUGGUCAAAAGGUGAGGAUUGGUGCUGUACUUUCAGCAGCUGAGAUGCGAGGCAUCAAACUAAACACAGUUGCAUAUAAUUCAGCAAUUGGAAGCUAUUUGAAUGUGGGUGAGUAUGAGAAGGCUAUAGCUUUAUAUGAGUCUAUGAGGAAAAAGAAAGUCAUGCCUGACUCUGUUACUUUUACCAUCUUGAUAAGUGGGUGCUAUAAGAUGUCUAAAUGUGAUGAGGCACUUAAGUUUCUUGAUGACAUGAUGGAUUUUAAAGUUUCUUUAACCAAAGAGGUGUACUCAUCUGUGAUUUGUGUCUACAGUAAAAAGGGCCAAGUCAAAGAAGCAGAGUCGAUGUUCAACAUGAUGAAAGUCACUAGUUAUCCUGAUGUUGUAACAUAUACAGCUAUGUUGCAAGUCUACAAUGCUUCAGAAAAUUGGGGAAAAGCUUGUGCACUAUUUCAAGAAAUGGAAAUAAAUGAUAUCCAACCAGAUUCUGUAGUAUGUUCAGCUCUAAUGAGAGCUUUUAAUAAGGGGGGCCAGCCGUCCAAGGUUCUUACCCUGGCAGAAUUUAUGAGAGAGAAAGAAAUCCCCUUCAGUGACUCUGUUUUCUUUGAAAUGGUGUCAGCUUGUAGCAUGUUAAGAGAUUGGAAAACAACAGUUGAUCUGAUCAAACUGAUGGAGCCUUCAUUUCCUGUGGUAUCCACUGGGCUUAUGAAUCAGCUUCUGCACCUUCUUGGAAAAAGUGGAAAAAUUGAGUCUAUGAUGAAGUUGUUCUACAAAAUAAUAGCAUUAGGUGUUAAAGUCAACUUCAAGACCUAUUCAAUAUUGUUCAAAAAUCUUUUAGCUGCUGGAAAUUGGAGAAAAUAUAUUGAGGUGCUGCAGUGGAUGGAGGAUGCUGGAAUUCAACCUUCAGAUGGGAUGUUUGUUGAUAUAGUCUCCUUUGCACAAAAAAGUGUUGGGGCUGAAUAUGCAGCUAUAAUAGAAGAAAGAGUUGAAUCCUUGAGAAGAAGAGCUCCGAACCAAAAUCAAAAUUCUAGCAGUAUGUCAAGUUCUCCUCUUCCAACCUCCCCAUUGAUUGUUGGUACAGAAGUUUGAAGCACUAAACUGCUAGAGUGGGCUUACAGCAGAUUAUGCAUAUUCAGAGUGUUGCAGGAUCAGCUAGUCUCAGGGUAUUAUCAAGAUUGAAGCUUUAUUAAAGCCAAACUAUACGUUCCAAUCUUGAGAAGGGUGGGGAUGAGUUUUCUAAAAGUGCAAGGCCAUCUUGAGUUUUACAGCUAUAUAUGCCUGGUCAUUAUGUAUAUGCUUUUUCUUCAUUGUAAUUAUAUAUCAGUCCAAAGAACAAUGGGAGAAAAAUGAGAAAUUUCAACAAGCUA